UUAGUCAGAGGCAUAGUUUCGCAAUCUACCUAUCUGUGCUUUUCUUCUGGUGGUCUUCUCUGUAAUUGAGCAUCUAAAAGACAAUAUUUGCUGUUCGCUUCAUUUAAGUUUACUUUUUUGCUGUUUUUUUCUGACAUCUUCAAAAAUGAGGAUUGGAUCUACAGUUAAUAUUUCAGAUGAUGUUGCCCCGUACGGAGGGAAAAGUGCCUUUACCCAGUUGGAGCACAACAUAGUGGCAGGAUAUCUUAUUACUGCAGGUGUCAUCAGUUUAACAAGCAACAUCGUGGUGCUGCUAAUGUUCGUGAAGUUUAAGGAGCUCCGCACAGCCACUAACUUCAUAAUAAUCAACCUAGCUUUUACUGACAUUGGAGUGGCUGGCAUCGGCUACCCCAUGUCAGCUGCCUCAGACAUCCAUGGCAGUUGGAAAUUUGGCUACACUGGUUGUCAGAUCUAUGCAGCUCUUAACAUCUUCUUUGGCAUGGCCAGUAUUGGCCUGCUUACUGUGGUGGCCAUCGAUCGCUACCUGACCAUCUGCAGACCAGGCAUAGAGCAGAAAAUGACUGGGAAAUCAUACAACUCCCUUAUUCUGGCAGCAUGGCUUAAUGCUGUGUUCUGGUCCUCCAUGCCUAUCGUGGGUUGGGCUGGGUAUGCCCCUGACCCCACUGGAGCAACAUGCACUAUCAACUGGAGACAGAAUGAUGCCUCCUUCAUCUCCUACACUAUGGCAGUGAUUGCUGUGAACUUUGUGGUUCCUCUCUCUGUCAUGUUCUACUGCUACUACAAUGUGUCAGUCACUGUCAGGAGAUAUAAAACCAACAAUUGCCUGGACAGUAUCAACAUUGACUGGUCGGACCAGAUGGAUGUUACCAAGAUGUCCAUCAUAAUGAUUGUCAUGUUCCUGGUUGCCUGGUCUCCAUACUCCAUGGUGUGUCUCUGGGCAUCAUUUGGUGACCCCAAGACCAUCCCUGCUCCCAUGGCUAUUAUCGCUCCACUCUUUGCCAAGUCCUCCACCUUUUACAAUCCCUGCAUUUAUGUUAUUGCCAACAAAAAUUUCAGAAGAGCCAUCAUAGGAAUGAUUCGAUGUCAAACCAGGCAGCGAAUCACCAUCAACACCCAGGUUCCCAUGACAACCUCUCAGCAACCUCUCACCCACUGAGAUGAGGUUUCUUCAGUAUGACAUAAUAUUAAUAUACUCGUGCAUAAAGACCAUCUAUAGAAUAUUGCUAUAAUGAUAUAAGAUUAAUUACUGUUGAUGUGUAUCUAUUGAAUAACCUGAUGAAUUGUUGAGUUUACUGUGUAAACUCCACUUGCUGUUAUAUUGUUGUAAUUGUUUGUAGUCCAGUUGAUUCAAUAACAAAAUUACAAUAAAAACCUUUUUGUGUA